CUAAGCCAUGCUGACUGCCAGUGCCAGAGAUUCCCCUCUGAAUCAGUGAAUGCAAGUUCGCCAAAUUGGCACUUCUUGUUUUGUCGCGGCUGACGCCUGCGACCAACUCAAGACGCACCUUUGAGGUCCUUUGGUUUAGCUGACAUGAGGAAGCGAGCAACGCAGCAGCCGCAGGACGAUACCACCGGUGCGGCAGACAGCGAGGACAACUACUGGAAGAAGAAGGGAAAGGGGGCGCAAAGCGGAGACGUGGAAGCAAUCCCUUUUCUAAGGAACACGAGCAAGGUUGAUUGGUUUGGCAUUGGGCUGCGGGCUGCUCUUGCUUCUUUCGUCGUGCUUCUCUUGUAUUCGAAGCUCGGCGGCACGCGCGAGAAGGCGGCCGAGACGCGGCGCUUUGUGGCGAGCUUUUUUGAGGGCCCAUUUGCGUGGAGUCCACAGGAGAGCAACGCGAACUCAACUCUUGGUCCAAUGGCUGGUACUGCGUUACCAAAACGGAAGCUAGGAAAGACGGGUCUUGAAGUUUCAAUCCUCGGGUUUGGAGCGUCUCCCCUUGGCAACGUUUUUGGGGACCUGAAAGAGGCGGAUGGUGUUGAGGCGGUGCAUGAGGCCAUCAGACUCGGCAUCAACUUCAUUGACGUGUCGCCCUUUUAUGGCGCAACGCUAGCUGAGACCAACCUCGGAAAGGCGCUCAAGGACAUCCCGCGCGACAAGUUUGUGCUGUCUACCAAGGUCGGGCGGUAUGGCCAGGACGUGUUCGACUUCAGUGCGGAACGGGUCACAAAGAGCGUGGACGAGAGCCUCGCCAGGCUUAACGUCGAAUACAUUGAUAUCAUACAGUGCCAUGAUAUCGAGUACGGCUCACUUGACCAGAUCAUCGAGGAGACGCUCCCUGCCCUCCAGAAACUCAAGGAGGCCGGCAAGGUGCGCUUCAUCGGAAUCACCGGGCUUCCCCUAAAGAUCUACAAGUACGUACUGGAUCGUGUAGCCCCAGGGACCGUUGACGUCGUUCUGUCGUACUGCCACUACAGUCUGAACGACCGCAGCUUGGGCGACCUGCUGCCGUACCUAGAGGAAAAGGGCGUAGGCGUGAUCAACGCUAGUCCGCUGUCGAUGGGCCUUUUGACGGAACAAGGGCCUCCGGACUGGCAUCCCGCUUCAGACGAGAUCAAGGGGGCGUGCAAGAAGGCCGUCGAAGUCGCCAAGUCGCACGGGAAGAAUGUCACCACGCUGGCGCUGCAGUUCGCAACGGCAAAUCCGUUCAUCGCAACCACGCUUGUGGGGAUGGCGUCGCCGGCGAUCGUUAGAGCAAACGUAGAGGCGGUAGUGAACGGCGCACUUGACGAGCGUCUGUUGAAUGAAGUUGAGAGUGUUUUGUCUCCGCUUCAGAAUGCUUCCUGGCCGAGCGGUAAGCCAGAGAACAACUGAAUUGACACGACAUGUUGCUAACGUGCCGAACCCCAGCUGUAAGUCAAAAGGCACCGACUCGGUCCCCGCUCAACCUUUAAUGCGCUGUAAUGGAGAGAAACAUGAGGCAGCAAAGAGUAUCGGACUGACGCUUGCGAGUAUGCCCUGCAAUUAUUCUAGCUCGAUCGACCUUGAACAGCUAACAACACCGUAACUCGGGUGUAUAAAGAUGCUUGCUUGCUAUAUCAAUGCUGGGCGUGCACGGCCGAGAUGGUGUGGUGCGCGUCGGGCCUGGC